GGACCUUUCAUAGCCUGACGUGUUCUUCAUGGUUGAUGAAUAAGUGAGAUAAAUACUUCGUACUCAGGGGCCUUGGUACGGUGACGCAUCCUCCUGUCAUGGAGGCCUCCGUUUAGCAGCUGGGGGAUUCAAACUCGGCCGAGACAGUCACGGCACACGGAAACUACCUAGCAUCAACGGUUUCUGGCUUGACGAGUGCAGGGCGACAUUAGGGUUGCGCUGAUACUGUCACAUCCGGAGCCGAGGUUCUGGAAAAGCUUGGCUUGGAUUAAGAAAGCCAAGCUCUCAGGCCAAGGAAAAUCCCCCAGAUGCCAAGACAAGACCCGUGGCGGGUCGCAGCAAGAGGGGAGCUGUCAGGAAAGUGGUGCUCCAGUAUCGAAGCGAUACUGAGGUUGAUCCGAUGUAUCCGAGCGGGUCUGUUCCACAAUCCACAUACACUAAUAAUAUCCCGUAGCCAACACCAUGUACUAAUAGCAAAGUAUUAUCAACUAAUCCUAUUAUGGAAGCAAAAGGGCCGAUCAGAGCGAUCCACUCAACGUUGCUUUCGUCUCAUCUCAUCGUCUCUAUUGAGGUUAUCCCGAGACUGCGACUACAUCAGGUUGAAGUCCUUCUUCUUGACUAUGAAACUUUACACAGCUGGAUCAAGAUGUCUCAGGCCGGAGGGAACAAGACUGUUGGAAACAAUGGAUGACGGCCACCUUCAAAUACCUUCUUUAAUGCAAAUCCUCGCCUCACAGAUAUACUGCAAUCGCAUAUUGGUGAUGCAAAGGCAUGGCUAGGCACUGUACGCCUUCUUGGGUUUCGCGCGUUCCAUGCCUAAUGAACCUCAGGCACUAGGAUACCCGAGUAAAAACAUAGAAGCCAGAUUGUUGCCCAUCACCAAUAAACAACAGAUUCA